CCGGUACCUAGAGCAGAAAUCUUUUUGCUGCUGCUUCUGUAUGACGGUAAAAAUGGCCAGCAGCCUUCAAUCUGCGGUCUCUUAUUUCAGAGGCGACUUUCGGUAUUUCGCCAUAAAGUUCCAAGUUUGGCACUUUGUCCGAUAUUCCAAUGAUAAUCAGUGCAGCUUUAAGUAAUCUUGUGUAGAACCCAUCAAUAAUUUUUGUUAAGGUUGUUUUGUUAAGGUCCAUGUUUCAGAACCGUAAAGAAGUACUGGCUCUACCAAUGUUUGAAAUAUGUUGAUUUUUAAGUUGUCGAGGUAUAUCAGAUUUCCAUAUCUUUUGUACCUUGUUGACGGAUGUCCAGGCGAAUAAUUAAUUAAAGCAAUGGCCCACUCAUCUGCUAUAUAAAAUCCCCCCUCCUUAAAAAAAAAAAAAAAAAAGAAAAAAAAAACUCUCUUGUCCGUAGUAAUAUCAAAUUUUGUCAGUUUAAGUAUUAAAACGGGUUUAAUGUUCGUAGUUAAAGUUAUCUUAAUUAUUUCAGACAUAUAACGAAUAAAACAGUAUAAUACUAAUAAAUACCAACAAGCAUAUAUAUUGUCUAUAAAUCUAUAUUGUAACAGUUUUAAAAUGAGAAAUGUUAUGUUUUAUUUUUUUGUUGUGAUUUUUUUAAUCCAUUAUUCUCAUGGUGUAUCGCUCUUGCAGCAGUGGGCUCGUUUUCGAAAGUCCUUAGACCUAUCCAUAAUGUUGAUAGAUAAAACGCAUUUUGGUUUCAAUGAUAAAGGUGGAACUAAGGCCCACGCAUUAUAUAUCUUGUCGCGUCACGUAUUGUCAGUAGGGAUAGCAUCUUAAAGGGAAGUAUUUAACUCAUGCCUUCUUAAGACAACAUAGAUUGGUAAAAUUCAAGUAUACUGAGAUUAAAAAAAAGUGAGUCACGACACCUAUGUAUUAAUAUAUAUCGGGAUAGAUGAUACACAUAGUACCAGGGAGCCUAUAUAACGAGGAGCUAGGUUGCUGUGACGUGGCACCCUCAUCCGACGCCGUUGAUAACCUGGUCAUUUUUACAUGUGCCACCCCAGCUAAAGGUGUUCGUGGAUAGCUAGAAAAGAAGAAAAGACAUUCAACGAUGCCGCCGUAUUUGCCCAUGCCGGGUCAGGUAGCAAGAAACCCGUCUUUACUGGAAGGACUCCGUGUUUUACUCGUCUCGAAUGCUGUUAACAGCUUGACCAAUAGAGUUAAGAUGACCUUACAAAGAAUGAAGGUUAUUACUCAUGUCGUACCGUGUGAUAGUGGAAGUGGCAUGGAAAAUGCGGUAACACUUUACCAACCCGACGUCAUCAUCUGCCCAUACCUUACAAAAUACAUCCCAGAAACAAUUUGGAAGACGACCGAGCGGCCAUGUUUGGUUUUUCAUCCGGGUAUUGCAGGUGACCGGGGACCUAAUUCCAUUGAUUGGGCCAUACGACAAGACAAGAAGGAAUGGGGUGCGACGCUGCUGCAAGCUAGCCCGGUUAUGGACGGAGGCGACAUCUGGAGUACGGCGACAUUCCCAUUAAAAGCAAACGCCACGAAAACAGGAGUGUACGGUGGGGAAAUCAGUGACUUGGCCGCUGAGCUGGUCGUUGACGGGCUUACGAGGUAUCAACUUGGGGUGACGCCAACACCACUUGAUUACAAUCGAUCAGAAAUAAAAGGCUGCCUGUUGCCCUCAAUGAAAAAGUCCGACAGGGAGAUCGACUGGUCUGCUUCAGCUGAAGAUAUAUGCCGAAUCAUUCGCAGUUCCGAUACACAGCCAGGCGCCCUUGCUGAUAUCACAUUUCUCGACAACAAAACAGAGCUAACCGAAACGUAUAGGGUAUACGGUGCCCACAUAGAGCAAGACCGUGGCGGAGUUUUGGGACAAAUGCUGAGUGCCCACAAACCUGGCUCUGUAGUUGGAAAGAAGCAAGGGUCCAUUUUGGUUAAAAGCGGAGACAAUCGGGGAGUUUGGAUAACUUGCCUGAAGGACAAAAAGAAGUUGUCUGUCAAGCUACCAGCAGUGUCUGCAGUUUCACCAACGCUAGCCUCGGGAAUUGCAGAUUUGAGCAAUUUGUCUUCAUAUAGUCAAGUUUGGUUGAGCCAUUCCGAACAAGUGUGCUACGUUCACUUUGAUUUUUACAAUGGUGCCAUGGACUGCAACCAAGCGGAUCAUUUGAAAGAGGUCCUCAGUCAAGUUGCCAAGAUGAGCCACAUCCGAGUUGUUGUGUUGAUGGGCGGAGAGCGUUUCUUUUCGACAGGAAUCCAUCUCUGCCAUAUAGAAGCUAGCAGCGACCCAGUAUUGGAAGCCUGGCAUAAUAUAAAUAAAAUCGAUGAUGUCAUCCUGGAAAUGAGCAAGAUGACUGAUAAGUUGGUGGUUGCUGCUCUUCAGGGGAACGCUGGGGCCGGGGGAGCGAUGCUUGCGGCAGCGGCCGACGUUGUCGUGUCACAUCCAGGUGUACUGCUGACUCCUUCUUAUCAAAACAUGAGCUUAUAUGGCUCGGAAUACUGGACAUACUUCUUCCCGAAGAGAGUUGGUAAAGAAAAGGCAGAUGAAAUAAUGUAUUCGCACCCAGAGCCUAUCCUCGCUGAGCAUGCGCAAGAUUUGGGCAUUGUGGACAACGUGAUUGGAAAGAACAAGAUGGACUUUUAUGAAAAGCUCCCGAACUUCAUUGACGAUUUAGCCAGGGACAAAGCUACGGGAGAAAUGAUCACGGCCAAAAAACGCACACGUAACGAAGAGUGGUUCCGAGUUCUUUCCAGCCACCGGGAUAAAGAGCUUAAGUUGAUGUGGCAAUGUUUUAAUUCGGCUUUCUUCCACAGAGAGAGACAAAAGUUUGUAUGCAAACUUACUGACAAGGAAUACGACGAACUGAACAUGAAGCCACGUUUGUUCAGGGAAAUUCAAGGAAGCGGCAAGGAAGCAUUUGUUCACUCAUAGUCUCGCAUAAUCUCGCGUGAUGCAGGGACGGGUCAGGACAAUUUCUUUCCGCACAGAGAAGUAAAAUCUUUCAAAUUUCAAACUUUUAUUGUGACUUUUGCGAAUUUUUGUGAUAACUGUUAUACUGGGGAAAUACUAGUAGUGUCCAUUGUCAUGACAACAACAAAAAGACUAACAGCUUAUAUAUUUUUGCUUACCUUCAUUACAAUUGGAGAACGGUUUUCAUGGAAUUUACUUUGUUUCUUUUUUGUUUAUAUCUUGAUAUUUACAUACGUGGUAAGCGGUGAAUCAAUGACUAUUGAAGGGUAUUUAUUGAAGGAAGUUAUAAAAAUAUAUAAUAAAAUAUAAUUAUUACAGCAAAUACGUGUAGUUCCCUCUUGGAAUAUGCUGAAAGUGCUGCUGUGAGAGCCAUCCUGAAGUAUUUAACUCUACUUAAUAAAAUUUGCAAUCAUAUCUUACCUACUUUCAUGUUUUUAAAAAUUACCAUAUCUUAUUGUAAUUUGAUUUGAUUGGUCUUUUACAUAGUAGAGCGAUAGAUAAAGGCCCCCUAUCGUUGAUUUCAA